GCGCUGGGGCCGAGGCCCGGGAGGACCAUUGGCUUCCGAGGGUUUGUGCGAGAAAACUUCCCCGGGUCAGCGCCGGGGGAGGUGGGGAACGACGCUUCGAGAGAGUCCGAUAGACAGAGAGAGAGAGAGAGAGAGGAGAGGGGACAGACAGCACGCCCUCCUGGUUGGGGUCCCUUUCCUUGUCGCCUUCACCCCGGCAGCGACCUGGACACUCCCAAAGUAUCCCACCCUCUCCGCCACCCUUAAGAAGCCGCUGCUGGAUUCACGAUCCCCCACUUUUCAUGGGAAUGACAUGACAGCACAAGGGCCGGAGUCGGGCUAGGUGGCCCCUUCCAGAGCUUGGGGAACGACUGUGCUGAGCUUGGUGGCCGGCGAGGGGCUGCAGAGGGGAGAGAGAGAGAGAGAUUGGAGAGAGAGCCCGCCAAGGCGAUGCUCCGGCGGCCGCGAGCCGCCGUCGGUGGCAGGAGACCCUAAGGAGGGCAUGGGCCUGGCAUCCCGGCGCUGAGGGACCCUCGAGCCUUGCCCUUCUGCUCGGACUUGCCGGACCCACGACGUGAUGGCCUCGGAAGUGGUAUGCGGGCUCGUCUUCAGGCUGCUGCUGCCCAUCUGUUUAGCAGUAGCAUGUGCAUUCCGCUACAACGGGCUCUCCUUCAUCUACCUUAUCUACCUCUUGCUCAUCCCUCUGUUCUCAGAACCGACAAAAGCAACGAUGCAAGGACAUACAGGGCGGUUGUUGAAGUCUCUGUGCUUCAUGAGUUUCUCCUUCCUGCUGUUACACAUCAUUUUCCACAUCACACUGGCCAGCCUUGAAGCUCAGCACAGCAUUGCACCUGGCUACAACUGCUCAACGUGGGAAAAGACAUUCCGGCAGAUUGGCUUUGAAAGCUUGAAGGGAGCUGAUGCUGGCAAUGGGAUCCGAGUGUUCGUGCCUGAUAUCGGGAUGUUCAUUGCAAGCCUGACCAUCUGGCUUAUCUGCAGAAACAUUGUUCAGAAACCAGACCCAGUAGAGGCAGCACAAUAUAAUUCUGAGUGUGAAAAUGAAGAACUGGCUGGAGGAGAAAAAAUGGACUCAGAGGAGGCACUAAUUUACGAAGAGGACUUAGAUGUAGGAGAAGGCGCUGACGGCGAGGUGGAAGAAAGCACAAAAUUAAAGAUGUUCCGAAGGCUUGCCUCCAUCGCCUCCAAGCUUAAGGAGUUCAUCGGCAACAUGAUAACCACAGCAGGCAAGGUCGUGGUGACCAUUUUGCUGGGCUCCUCAGGCAUGAUGCUGCCAUCUUUGACCUCAGCUGUGUACUUCAUUGUGUUUCUGGGGCUGUGCACCUGGUGGUCCUGGUGCCGAACUUUCGACCCACUGCUGUUCAGCUGCCUCUGUGUCCUGCUGGCAAUUUUCACAGCUGGACACCUGAUUGGACUCUAUUUAUACCAGUUCCAGUUCUUUCAAGAAGCAGUGCCACCCAAUGACUACUAUGCAAGGUUGUUUGGAAUCAAAUCAGUUAUCCAAACAGACUGCUCCAGCACCUGGAAGAUCAUAGUAAACCCAGAGCUGUCCUGGUAUCACCACGCCAAUCCCAUCCUCCUGCUGGUGAUGUACUACACCCUGGCCACCCUGAUCCGCAUCUGGCUACAAGAGCCCCUUGUGCCAGAAGAGAGGCUUAAGGAAGAAGAUGGAGACCUGGCUUGUAGCCCCAACCAGAACACAGCGGAGAGGAGGCGGAGCCUGUGGUAUGCAACCCAUUACCCAACAGAUGAAAGAAAACUUUUAUCCAUGACCCAAGAUGACUACAAACCAUCUGAUGGCCUGCUGGUGACCGUGAACGGCAACCCCGUGGACUACCACACCAUCCACCCCAGUCUGCCCAUCGAGAAUGGCCCUGCAAAGGCUGACCUGUACUCCACCCCUCAGUACCGAUGGGAGCCCUCCGAGGAGUCCUCAGAAAAGAAAGAAGAUGAAGAGGACAAGAAAGAUGAAUCUGAAGAGGAAAGGAGCCAGGAGGAAAAAAGAAGUGUUAGAGUUCACGCCAUGGUUUCUGUAUUCCAGUUUAUCAUGAAGCAAAGUUACAUCUGCGCCCUCAUUGCUAUGAUGGCAUGGAGCAUUACCUACCACAGCUGGCUGACGUUCGUGCUGCUGAUUUGGUCAUGCACCCUCUGGAUGAUCCGGAACAGAAGAAAAUACGCCAUGAUCAGCUCUCCCUUCAUGGUUGCCUACGGAAAUCUGCUGUUGGUGUUACAGUACAUCUGGAGUUUCGAACUUCCUGAAAUUAAAAAGGUCCCAGGAUUUCUAGAAAAGAAAGAACCAGGAGAACUGGCUUCAAAGAUUCUUUUCACCAUCACUUUUUGGCUGCUCUUGAGGCAGCACCUCACUGAGCAAAAGGCCCUUCAGGAAAAGGAAGCUCUUUUGUCUGAAGUCAAAAUUGGAAGUCAGGAGCCUGAAGAGAAAGAUGAGGAACUUCAAGAUGUACAAGUGGAAGGAGAGCCCAGAGAGAAGGAGGAAGAAGAGGAAGCAGAGGAAGCACAACCAGAGAGAAAGAAAGAGGAAGAAGAGGAGGCCAUGGGAGAAGAUGAUGAGCAGGACAUCAUGAAGGUGCUGGGCAACCUGGUGGUGGCCUUGUUCAUCAAGUACUGGAUCUACGUCUGUGGGGGCAUGUUCUUCUUUGUCAGCUUUGAGGGCAAAAUUGUCAUGUACAAAAUCAUCUACAUGGUGCUGUUCCUGUUCUGUGUGGCCUUGUACCAGGUGCACUAUGAGUGGUGGAGGAAAAUUCUGAAAUAUUUUUGGAUGUCAGUAGUUAUUUACACUAUGCUGGUGCUCAUAUUUAUAUAUACUUAUCAAUUUGAAAACUUCCCGGGCCUGUGGCAAAAUAUGACCGGAUUAAAAAAAGAAAAGCUUGAGGACCUUGGCUUAAAGCAGUUCACUGUGGCUGAACUGUUCACGCGCAUCUUCAUUCCCACCUCCUUUCUGCUGGUGUGCAUCUUACACCUCCACUAUUUCCAUGACCGGUUCCUGGAUCUCACAGACCUCAAGUCCAUACCCAGCAAGGAAGACAACACCAUCUACAGCCAUGCCAAAGUCAAUGGUCGCGUGUAUCUAAUAAUAAAUAGCAUCAAGAAAAAAUUACCAAUCCACCAGAAUGAAUUGGCUCACCCUGAAGGAAGCCUCCCUGACCUCGCCAUGAUGAAUCUCACCACCAGCCUGGACAAACCGGAGGUGCCGAAGUUGGUGGAACCUGGGGAGAAGAGUCCAGGAGAAUUCUCCGACAAGGCUGAGAAGGCUGACCUUGGGAAAGACAGUGAGGAGUCUGAGGAGGAGGAUGAUGAAGAAGAGGAAUCCGAAGAGGAAGAAGAAGCAUCAGAUUUAAGGAACAAAUGGCACCUGGUGAUUGACCGUCUCACUGUGCUCUUCUUAAAAUUCCUGGAGUAUUUUCACAAGCUGCAGGUGUUCAUGUGGUGGAUCUUGGAGCUGCACAUCAUCAAGAUUGUUUCAUCGUACAUUAUCUGGGUUACCGUGAAAGAGGUGUCUCUGUUCAACUAUGUAUUUUUGAUUUCUUGGGCUUUUGCUCUGCCAUAUGCCAAGCUCCGCCGCCUGGCCUCCAGCGUCUGCACUGUCUGGACAUGUGUGAUCAUCGUCUGCAAAAUGUUGUACCAGCUGCAAACCAUUAAACCUGAGAACUUUUCUGUCAACUGCUCCUUGCCAAAUGAAAAUCAAACCAACAUACCCCUUCAUGAGUUGAACAAGUCUAUGCUGUACAGCGCUCCUGUUGAUCCAACUGAGUGGGUUGGCCUGAGGAAGUCCUCACCUUUGCUCGUCUACCUGAGGAAUAACCUCCUGAUGUUGGCGAUUCUGGCCUUCGAAGUCACCAUUUACCGCCAUCAGGAGUACUAUCGAGGUCGAAACAACCUUACUGCCCCUGUGUCUAAAACCAUCUUUCAUGACAUCACAAGACUGCAUCUAGAUGAUGGGCUGGUUAAUUGUGCCAAAUACUUCAUAAAUUACUUCUUCUACAAGUUUGGCCUAGAGACCUGUUUCCUAAUGUCAGUGAACGUGAUUGGUCAGCGCAUGGAUUUCUACGCCAUGAUUCAUGCCUGCUGGCUCAUUGCCGUCUUGUAUCGACGCAGAAGAAAAGCCAUCGCUGAGGUCUGGCCCAAGUACUGCUGCUUCCUGGCUUGCAUCAUCACUUUUCAGUACCUCAUCUGCAUCGGCAUUCCCCCAGCUCCCUGCCGAGAUUACCCGUGGAGAUUCAAGGGUGCUAACUUCAAUGACAACAUCAUCAAGUGGCUAUACUUUCCCGAUUUCAUCGUGCGGCCCAACCCUGUGUUUCUGGUCUAUGACUUCAUGUUGCUCCUGUGCGCCUCCUUACAACGGCAGAUUUUUGAGGAUGAAAACAAAGCUGCCGUGCGCAUCAUGGCCGGGGACAAUGUUGAGAUCUGCAUGAACCUCGAUGCAGCCUCGUUCAGCCAGCAUAACCCUGUACCAGACUUCAUUCACUGCAGAUCUUACUUGGAUAUGUCCAAAGUGAUCAUCUUCAGCUACCUCUUCUGGUUUGUCCUCACCAUCAUCUUCAUCACAGGAACGACAAGGAUCAGCAUAUUUUGCAUGGGUUACUUGGUGGCUUGUUUCUACUUCCUGCUCUUUGGGGGCGAUUUGCUACUGAAACCCAUCAAGAGCAUCUUGCGCUACUGGGACUGGCUGAUUGCUUACAAUGUCUUUGUGAUUACGAUGAAGAAUAUACUGUCCAUAGGAGCGUGUGGAUACAUUGAAACACUGGUGGAAAAUAGCUGCUGGUUGAUCCAAGCUUUCAGCCUGGCCUGUACAGUCAAAGGCUAUACAAUGCCUAACGAGAACGCGUCCUGCAAGCUGCCGAGCGGGGAGGCAGGGAUCAUCUGGGACAGCAUCUGCUUUGCCUUCCUCCUGCUGCAAAGAAGAGUCUUCAUGAGUUACUAUUUCCUGCACGUCGUGGCUGACAUAAAAGCUUCCCAGAUCCUGGCAUCCAGAGGGGCCGAACUUUUUCAGGCCACGAUCGUAAAAGCUGUCAAGGCAAGAAUUGAGGAAGAAAAAAAGUCCAUGGACCAGCUGAAGAGACAGAUGGAUCGAAUCAAGGCCAGGCAACAAAAGUACAAAAAGGGUAAGGAGAGGAUGCUGAGCUUGACCCAGGAAUCAGGGGAAGGCCAGGACAUCCAGAAACUCUCUGAAGAGGACGACGAUAGAGAAGCAGAAAAACAGAAAGCCAAGGGCAAAAAAAAGCAGUGGUGGCGGCCUUGGGUUGAUCAUGCUUCCAUGGUCAGAAGUGGAGACUAUUAUUUGUUUGAAACGGACAGUGAAGAGGAGGAAGAGGAGGAGCCAAAAAAGGAAGAUGAGGAGCCGCCACGAAAGUCAGCUUUCCAGAGAGCUAUUGGGAAGUUUGCCUCAGCCCUUUUAGCCUUGCCAAAGUCUGUCAUUAAACUUCCCAAAACUAUUCUUCAGUAUUUAAUCAGAGCUGCAAAGUUUGUCUAUCAAGCCUGGAUUACCGACCCUAAAACAGCACUCCGACAGAGGCGGAAAGAGAAAAAAAAGUCGGCAAGAGAAGAACAGAAACGAAGGCGAAAAGCGUCUGGGGAGGGUGCAGUGGAAUGGGAAGACCAUGACGAUGAACCAAUCAAAAAGAAAUCUGAUGGCCCAGACAACAUCAUCAAGAGGAUCUUUAAUAUCUUGAAGUUCACCUGGGUCCUGUUCCUGGCCACUGUGGAUAGUUUCACUACUUGGCUUAACUCCAUUUCAAGGGAGCAUAUCGACAUAUCCACAGUGCUAAGGAUUGAGAGGUGCAUGCUGACCAGAGAGAUCAAGAAGGGUAAUGUUCCAACGCGGGAGAGCAUCCACAUGUACUACCAGAACCACAUUAUGAGCCUUUCCAGAGAAUCAGGACUGGACACCAUUGAUGAGCACCCUGAAGAUACUGCCAGAGCCCAAGCGGCCCGCAGGAUGGACAGCUUAGAUUCCCAUGACAGUAUCUCCAGCUGCUACACUGAGGCGACCCUGCUGAUCUCAAGGCAGUCCACCCUUGAUGAUUUAGACGGACAAGACCCCGUUCCUAAAACAAGCGAGCGCGCUCGGCCUAGGCUCCGUAAAAUGUUCAGCAUGGACAUGUCUUCCUCAUCAGCUGACAGUGGCAGUUUAGUAUCAAGUGAGCCCACACAGUGCACCAUGCUGUACUCACGCCAGGGGACCACAGAAACCAUUGAGGAGGUAGAGGCUGAAGCCGAGGAGGAGGUGAUGGACCCAGAGCCUGAACUUGACGAUGCCAGCGAGGAGUACACGGCUGAGUAUGAGGCAGAGGCUGAGGAGGUUGGCCUCACUCCUGAGGAGGAGUUACCUCAAUUCUCUACAGAUGAUGGCGAUGUGGAGGCCCCGCCCUCUUACAGCAAGGCUGUCAGCUUUGAACACCUGUCCUUCGGCUCCCAAGAUGACUCUGGAGCCAAGAAUCACAUGGUGGUCAGCCCUGAUGACAGCCGCACUGACAAGCUGUCGCCGGGGUCCAUCAUCUUACCACCCUUGACUCAUGAGCUGACAGCCAGCGAGCUGCUGCUAAACAAGAUGUUCCAUGACGAUGAGCUUGAAGAAUCGGAGAAGUUCUAUGUGGGCCAGCCCCGGUUCUUGCUGCUGUUCUAUGCCAUGUACAACACUCUGGUGGCCCGCUCGGAGAUGGUGUGCUACUUCGUGAUCAUCCUCAACCACAUGAUCUCUGCCUCCAUGAUCACCCUCCUGCUGCCCAUCCUCAUCUUCCUCUGGGCCAUGCUGUCUGUCCCCAGGCCCAGCCGGCGGUUCUGGAUGAUGGCCAUCGUCUACACUGAGGUGGCAAUUGUAGUCAAAUAUUUCUUCCAGUUUGGGUUCUUUCCUUGGAAUAAGAAUGUGGAGCUGCACAAGGAUAAGCCUUACCACCCCCCAAACAUCAUAGGAGUGGAGAAGAAGGAAGGCUAUGUUCUCUAUGACCUCAUUCAGCUCCUGGCUCUGUUCUUCCACCGCUCCAUUCUGAAGUGUCACGGCUUAUGGGAUGAGGAUGACAUUGUGGACAGCGACACAGACAAGGAUGAGUCUGAUGAAGAGCUGUCCCUCAGUCGGGGCAGAAGAGGCUCCUCAGACUCACUGAAGUCCAUCAACCUGGCCGCCUCCGUAGAGUCCGUGCAUGUGACCUUCCCCGAGCAGCCAGCAGCCAUCCGGAGGAAACGCUCCAACAGUGGCUCCCAGAUCUCCCGAGGGUCCAGCUUCUCUUCAACUCGGUCAAAAAGAGGCAGCACGAGCACCCGAAACAGCAGCCAGAAGGGAAGCAGUAUUUUGAGCGUCAAGCAGAAAAGCAAACGGGAACUUUACAUGGAAAAGCUUCAAGAGCACUUCAUCAAAGCAAAGGCAUUUACUAUGAAAAAGACGCUACAAAUAUAUGUGCCCAUCAAACAGUUCUUCUAUGACCUCAUCCACCCAGACUACAGCGCUGUGACCGACGUGUAUGUGCUGAUGUUCCUGGCUGACACUGUGGACUUCAUCAUCAUCGUUUUCGGCUUCUGGGCCUUUGGGAAACACUCAGCAGCGGCAGACAUCACCUCUUCUCUAUCAGAGGACCAGGUCCCUGGGCCAUUCCUGGUGAUGGUCCUCAUUCAGUUUGGGACUAUGGUGGUGGACCGUGCGCUGUACCUCAGGAAGACUGUGUUAGGCAAGGUCAUCUUCCAGGUCAUCCUUGUGUUUGGGAUUCACUUCUGGAUGUUCUUCAUCUUACCCAGUGUGACAGAGAGGAAAUUCAGCCAGAACCUGGUGGCUCAGCUUUGGUACUUUGUGAAGUGUGUGUACUUCGGGCUGUCUGCCUACCAAAUCCGAUGUGGCUACCCAACACGUGUGCUCGGAAACUUCCUCACAAAGAGCUACAAUUAUGUCAAUCUCUUCCUAUUUCAAGGGUUCCGCCUCGUUCCAUUUCUGACCGAGCUGCGGGCUGUGAUGGACUGGGUAUGGACAGACACAACCUUGAGCCUGUCCAGUUGGAUUUGUGUGGAGGACAUUUAUGCACACAUCUUCAUUCUGAAGUGUUGGCGGGAGUCAGAAAAGAGGUACCCUCAGCCCCGGGGCCAGAAGAAGAAGAAAGUGGUGAAGUACGGCAUGGGUGGCAUGAUCAUCGUCCUGCUCAUCUGCAUCGUCUGGUUCCCGCUCCUCUUCAUGUCCUUGAUCAAAUCAGUCGCAGGGGUUAUCAACCAGCCCCUGGAUGUGUCAGUUACCAUCACCCUGGGAGGAUAUCAGAUGCGGAGAAGAGUGGCGGUUCUCACUGCAUCGUGUACUUUUGUUUUCCAGCCUAUUUUCACAAUGAGUGCCCAGCAAAGCCAGUUGAAAGUUAUGGACCAGUCAAGGUUCAAAAAAUUCAUGAAAUCUUUCUCUAGGGACACAACUGCUAUGCAAUUUCUGGAAAAUUAUGAAAAAGAAGACAUAACAGUAGCAGAACUGGAAGGAAACUCAAAUUCUUUGUGGACCAUCAGCCCUCCCAGUAAGCAGAAAAUGAUACAAGAACUCACCGACCCCAAUAGUAGCUUCUCUCUUGUUUUUUCAUGGAGUAUUCAGAGAAACAUGAGUCUAGGUGCAAAAGCAGAAAUAGCAACAGAUAAGCUUUCUUUUACUCUUCAAAACCCUACUCGAAGGAAUAUCGCUAAAAUGAUCGCUGGCAAUGAUACACAAAGCUCAAACACACCUGUGACAAUUGAAAGGAUCUAUCCAUACUAUGUGAAAGCACCCAGUGAUUCUAACUCCAAACCUAUAAAGCAACUUCUGUCAGAAAAUAACUUCAUGAAUAUCACCAUCAUUUUGUCCAGAGAUAAUCUUACUAAAUCCAAUAGUGAGUGGUGGGUUCUUAACCUGACUGGAAACAGGAUAUACAGUCAGGAGUCCCAGGCCUUGGAACUAGUGGUCUUCAAUGACAAAGUCAGCCCUCCCAGCCUGGGCUUUCUGGCUGGCUACGGGAUCAUGGGGUUAUAUGCUUCCGUUGUCCUAGUGAUUGGGAAAUUUGUCCGUGAAUUCUUCAGUGGAAUUUCGCAUUCCAUUAUGUUUGAAGAGCUUCCAAAUGUGGAUCGAAUUUUGAAGUUAUGCACAGAUAUUUUUUUAGUCCGAGAGACAGGGGAGCUGGAACUGGAAGAGGAUCUCUAUGCCAAACUAAUAUUCUUGUACCGAUCACCAGAAACCAUGAUCAAGUGGACUAGAGAAAAAACAAACUGACACCUAAGGACCCAGACUGCAACAAAAGCUAACAUUUGACUUUUUGUUUUUUAAAAAAAGCACAAAAUUCUCCUAAGAGCUAAGCAUUUCAAGUUCGAUGACAAGGGCUGUUCUUUGGACAGGUGGCCACAAGGAGUUGAUGCUCUUUGCCAGUGAAAGCCACCCUGCAUGAGAAGGCACUGUUGAAGAAGUGAUUUGCACUUCCAUUUGUCUGAAACCAGGGCUUUUUGCUUUACCCUUUCUUUCAGUCAACAGUGUCUUGCAUUCUGAUUGGUCAUGUGAAAGGUCCCCUUCCUCAGAGAAAAAGGACAGAUACCUGUGUUUUAACCUCUAGGGACCACGUCCUUCCCAGGGUCUCGGUUGAGCGCAACGCUUACUUUAGCUCUUAUCACCACUGGAGAGGCUGCUGGGCGGAAACCCAGUGAGCCGUCAGCUCCCUCCAAACACGGCACGCUAACAGGAGGCAGCCAACACUGCCGGGUUUCAAGGGGAAAGAGGGAACUAGUGACCAGAAGAUGCCUGGUGGAAGGUCAAGCCUCAUUCUAAGCAAAAAGAUAACAUUAGUGACACUCUUACUGCCUUACCUUAACUGAAGACUGAUAUGAAAUCUUUCCAUUAAACACCAGUGACUUCUCAGGAAAUAAACAACAAACAUUCAGCAAAGCAAAUACGUGGACUCCUGCUUGUGAGGUCCAGUGGUCACCAUCCCCUGUGAUGAUGGUGGCCAUUCUGCUUCAGAUGGCCCUGGCCCCCCCGGAACCAGAGUGACUGCGGCCCAGGGGAAUGGGAGCCCCCAGCUUUGUAACUCCAGUGACUGAGGCAUGCGGGCCUCUUCUCCUUCUCCCCAACCCCCAACAUGCUUUCUCCCUGUUUCCAUGACUUAACGCGACAGUUUUUCCAGUAUGUGACAUUUUCCUUCCUGUUUUUCAGGUAUAUCAAAGAGUUUACAUAUUCCAAUUUACAUUUUUACAUUUGAGACGGGUUUUUUUAAGUUCAUAAUUAUGAAAGAAAUAUGUAUAUUGAGCUUGGGAAAAUAACAAUGGCCUUUUCUUAAAUUAUUAUCAUUGAUAAUACAACCUCUUCAUGAAAUAGCAAUGUAGCAUGAAAAUUUACGAUUGAAAUGUAGUUUUCAUUCCGUAUUAAAAAUACAGUUUCUCAGAAGAACCAUUGAAUGGGCUAGAAUAUGUCAAAAAAAAAAAAAAAAGUGAUCCUGUGUACUUUGGGUUCAGGGCUGACUUAAAAUAAAGCACAUCUUGCAAAGUCA